GCUUUGACGACCCGACCACGCCAGCCAUGGACGCCCUGACGCGCCUCCACCGCUCCCUCGUCGGCGGCGACGACGAGGAUCAGCCGGAGGACUCCAUCCUUGCUGAUACCGAAGACCUCUGCUCCCUCUCCCCUCUCCAGAGGAUCUACGCCUUCGCGGCAUGUUUGGUGGCCGGACUCACCCUCAUGAUCUUGUCUUUUAUUGUCUUCGCAAGACCUAUCAAAUUCGCAGUAAUGUUUACAUUUGGAAACAUAUUGGCAGUUGGGAGCACAGCCUUUGUUAUGGGCCCUCAAAAACAGCUAAGGAUGAUGUUUGAUCCAGUUCGUCUGUAUGCAACGGCUGUUUAUGUUGGAUGUGUUGUUUUGGCUCUAAUCUUUGCUCUUUGGAUUCAUGACAAGCUGCUAACACUGAUCGCUGUCAUAUGUGAGAUCUGCGCCCUAUUUUGGUAUAGUUUGAGCUACAUUCCUUUGGCACGAAGGAUGGUUUCCGACCUGAUGGUGAAGUUCUGUGACACUGAACUUUGAGCUGCUGCACGCAAUAACAACAACAACAAAAUUCUUCUGUGUCUGAAGCCUGAUAAACCUAUGGGUUCUUCUCAUUUGUCCAUUUCCUUUGGGUUUAACUUUAUUUUGUAAACAAAACGAGUUAAUAUGUACUUUUUUUUUGUAAAUGUAUGUCAGUGUAUUUAUCUGUAAA